UCCUAUAUCUGCAGUUUUGGAGGUUUACUGUUUACCUCAAAAUCAUUAUUUCAGUUUCACGAAUGUGCGGAAUAUUGGCAACAGUGUAGGAACGUUAUUUUGACAUUAUAUAUCUAUGGAAUGGGAUUAUGCAAUCGAUUGUAAGAAUAUUGGAAUCGGAAACAGAAUAAAAUCGAUUCGCUACACGUGCAUCGUGCACUUUAUCUGACAGUCACAGAGUAAGGUUAUGUUUUGAAUUUUGAAUAAUUUUUUCAAUAUUUGAACUAGAAAAAUGACGGAAAGUCUUGAUGAAUUAAUAAAGUUUGUUCAGAUUGGCGCUAGACUUGAUUUAAAAGCCAUUGCCGUAGAAUAUGUCUUAGGCCUAACUGGUUCAAAGGAAGGCUUAGAACUCGCACUAGAAAAACCUCAACUCAUAGUUUCAUUAAUUAGUCUUCUAGAAGAUACAUCCAUUCCAAUUGCUAAAGAUGCCAGCAUGUGUUUAGUAAAUAUUUCAGCAAAUGAAAAAGGAGCAAUAUUACUCGCAAAUUUAGACGUCAAAGAAUAUUGCCCUCCUUUACAAAAACCUCCAGAUAAUAUUGUUAAACAAUUACUGAGUAGUAUUUUUAAUACAGAAAGUUCUAUUGCUGACCAAUGUUGCAUGAUUUUAUCAAAUUUAACUCGCCCAUCUCAUUUAAUAGAAAAAAUAAUUGAUCUGAUAGAAGAAAGCGGUAAAACAUUCGACGAAAUAAUUAAUGUUUUUACUAAAAUUGAGUAUAAUAAAAAGGGUGGGAAGUUACAUUACCUAGGACCUGUUUUAUCAAACUUAUCACAAAGUCAUAGGGUUAGGUUGUUUAUUUUGGAUAAAAGUAAAUGUGUAAUACAGAGGUUACUGCCUUUUACUGAAUAUAAAAGAUCUCUUAUCAGAAGGGGUGGGGUCGUAGGCACUUUAAAAAACUGUUGUUUUGAAGAGGACUACCAUGAAUGGUUGUUAAGUAAAGAUGUGGAUAUAUUACCUCGACUGUUAUUACCUUUAGCUGGUAAUGAAGAAUUUGAUGAGGAAGAUAAUGACAAAUUACCUCUAGACUUGCAAUUUUUACCUGAAGAUAAAACACGUGAAGAAGAUCCAGAUAUAAGGUGCAUUCUGUUGGAAGCAAUAACACAGCUAGUGACAAAAAAAACUAAUAGAGAAUUUAUUAGAGAUAAAAAUGCUUAUGUAAUUUUGAGAGAAUUGCAUAAAUGGGAAAAAGAUAAACAGGCAUUAGCAGCUUGUGAAAAUUUAGUUGACAUUUUAAUAAGGACCGAAGAGGAGAUUGGUUUAGAAAACUUGAAAGAAGUAGAAGUGCCACAAGAUCUUCAAGACAAAUUUAAACUAAUGGAUUUGGAACAAUUAAAGGAUGAACAAUAAUAAUUAAGUGUAAAAAUACAAAUCAUACAAAAUGUAUAUAAAUUCCAAAAUAUUUUUAAUAAAUAAUAAGUUUCAUUUACGUUUUUGAUUAGCCAAG